AUGGUACGUUCCCUCACUCUUCCCCUCAGCCACUCUUUCCCUCGAGGCCUCGAAGGCUCGAACCCAGACAUCUCCCGAUCUCCGCCUCUCCGCGGCUCCGCCCUCUCUCUGCUUCUCGUUUCGAUUCAAACCCAGAAAUCUCCGCCUCUCCGCCCUCUCGACCUCUCCUUUGAAGUUCUUUCGAUUCAAACCCAGAACUCUCCGCCUCUGGACCUCUCCUUUGAAGUUCGAUUCGAAUCAAACCCAGAAAAUCUCGUAUCAAUUCAUUCGAUUCAUGUCCUCGUACUCUCUUUUUGGCUGAUGGAGAAGGAGAGACGUGAGGAGCUCUCAGAUGAGUGAAGCCUCAGCUCUGGGUAUGUGCUUUUUUUUGUUGGUAAAGCUUGUUCUUUUAUUUUUUUUCGUUUCCUGCUUUGUAAUGCAUCAAAAUUUUUGAAUUUGUGAGAAAGGUUGUGGAUUUUUUAGUUUUAUGAUA